CUGACAACAGGAUCCCAGUUUACUCUGCCUAUAGGUUCACAGGAUGGAUAAAAAAGUUACCACACUGAACUUGGAAGAUCGAACCUCAGCUUGAUAGUCCUAUAGCCAACGGAGAGAUGCAGACCCAAGCCGCUGCUCAGUUGCCUGGACUGCUAGCCCACCAGGCUGUUGAUGCCGACUACGUAGGCCAGCCUUUCCAAAAGGGCCACCUCUACUCCCGCAACCACAACACAAACGAUGUCCAGGUCCAUGCCACCUACACCCUCACCAAAGCCGCCCCCCAGAGAGGCGCAGAUAACAAGGCCUGGUAUCACCACAUGGAGAGUAAGAUAAUAGAGUAUAUUGAUGCCGCGUGCGAAGAUAGGGAGGCCUUUAUAGUCACUGGGGUGGUUCCAGGGAACAAUUACAUGCACAUCCUGGCACCUGGGAGCAAGGGCAGAGUGAAUAUCCCAGGCUAUUUCUGGUCAGCGUUCUGCUGUGAAGAGGCUGGAAACCCUGGCACCUUCACCUCGGGGGGCUACACCAUGCAGAUGGGUGUGGGCGCUCAGAAUGCUGAUGUUCAUGACGUAGGGAAUUUGAAUAAUCUUCUUACGGGUUAUUAUAACCUACCAGCUGGCCAGAACGUCAGGUUGUUUGGUCAGCAGGCAGGCUGCUCCUAAACAGGAAAGGUUGUCUGAGUGUUUGAGGAGAAAAAUAAAAUAAAGCAUUAUUUUAAAACACUUGUCUUUGCCAUCUCUCUAUCUCUCAAUC